AUGCCAAAGGGUGGAGCUUCUUCCUUGAUUCCCGUGGACGCUGGUCUACGGGGCGACCUCGAUUCGUUUCUGAGAGCGUUCUUGGAUUUGAAGUCUCAGAGAUUCUCGGACUACAAAAAGCUCUUCCAGCAUCGUAAAAUGAUCAAUCUACAUAACGGAAGAAGCGAAAGUGCUGAAAUCAUCGAGUUCAACGAGCAACUUCUCGUCCACUGCUUACCGUAUAUGGAAGAGAAUGUGUGUAUUGGAACUCCAAGAAGUCUAGAAGAACGUCUAUUCGGUCUCUAUUCUCUCUACACAUUUUUCUAUACACAACAAGUUGGACACGUUGUCAAAAUUCGAGUCGAUCCAGAUACCGCCCGAAACUUCCAUCGAUUCACUGAAUUUCUUCUGGAGAACAACAUAUUUGAUGCUUAUAUGGCAUGUCUGAAGCUUCUCGAAGACAAAGCUUUCAAACAUGUUGCAUUCGUACCAGUUUUUGAUCCAUCUCUCUUCAAACGAUUUGGUGCAAACGAUCAAAUAGAUAGAUCGAAAGCACUUGUAAAUGUCAACGAUCCACUUGUAAGAGUCAGAAUUCUUCACAGUUCGGAUGUGUUCAAAAAGCUUGGAUUAAUUCACAACGAAUACAACAGAUUGAAAAAAUCAGCUGGUGUUGAUCUGGGAGGAAUUUCAAUGAACAAUGUUCAAGACACCUGCAAACACAUUUUGGAGAACUAUUCACAAACAAUUAAGGAAGAAAAAGUUCCGUUGAUAGCAACUGUUUCACCCUCUUCUGACAAAGCAAAAGUGUCUCGUUCGCAAAUUCGAGAAAAGGCGUAUAGCUCUGAACUGAGUCUUUCAAGAUUCAGAAGACACUACACCACUGAUAAUAUUAGAAUCAAGAAGGAGAGAUUCGAGUACGAUUCGAAGGAAGAGAAAAACAUUGAAGCGAAUCCAGAGAAACACCUGAAAAAAGUUGGCAUCAUCAAAACUGAAUCGUUGGAAUACAAAAAAGCUUCCCAAAUCAAGCGAGAAACAAAAAUCAAUACUCUUUCUCAGUCAUCGAAAGCGGAGAGUAUAACUGUCAAAAAGGAGGUGUCACAUUCAGUUGAGAUGAAUGUGGAAUUUCCUGUUGCUCAUUGCUUGAAAAGUAUUCUGAAGAAGUCGCCGAUAAAAAAGAAGAACAAUGGUCUGAGAGUCACAAUUAAAGAAGAACCAGAAUAUGAAAGAGAGUGGGCUCAAUUUUUCGAUUCUUCUGGAACCGAAGAGAACAACGGGUCGCCAGCUCCAAAAAAGGCGAGAAAACCAAUUAAAACUGAGACACCAGACGAAACUAAUGAGGAAAUAACAGGGGAAAACACAAAUGAUUCAAUCACAUCGGGGACUUUCAUCGCUGCUUCUAUUGUUGCAACUUCAGAUAAUGAUGUUCGAUCUGCUCUAGAAACUAAAAAAGUCAUAAAAAUUGAACCGAUUCACGAUCAUUUGGAUCAACUGGAGGAAACGACGUCGACUUCUGGAUUGCAGAGAUGUGUCGUCGACAAUGAUUAUGAAUGUGCGAAUGAAGAGAUUCACGAUUUUUUCGGCGAUGAAGACAUUGAACUCCUAUCGGAUGACGAAAGAAAUGUGAGCAUGAGCAUUGAUUUUUAA